CCUGUGCCGGGGCGCGUCACCUCCGCCUACCAUCGCACUCGCAGUCGCACUCGCCAUCCCUCUCGCCGUCCCUCGCCCCGCCGCGCCAUGACGGACCGCUACACUAUCCACAGCCAGCUCGAGCACCUGCAGUCCAAGUACAUCGGCACGGGGCACGCCGACACCACCAAGUGGGAGUGGCUGGUGAACCAGCACCGGGACUCGUACUGCUCCUACAUGGGCCACUUCGACCUGCUCAACUACUUCGCCAUCGCCGAGAACGAGAGCAAGGCGCGCGUCCGCUUCAACCUGAUGGAGAAGAUGCUGCAGCCCUGCGGGCCGCCCGCCGACAAGCCCGACGAGUCCUAGGCCGCCUCCUCCACCAUCCUCCUGCCCCGCCGCCGCCCUCCCCCGUGGGUCCCUCGAAGCACUGACGGGGGCAGGUCUUGUAAAAUGCCUGUUUCCGGACAGCGCCGGCUCCUCUGACUCUACAGCCCUUCCGAUUUUUUUUCAAAUGGAAAACAAUAAAGCCUGCUGGGCAUUUCUAAUGUUCUGUUUUAUAA